GUCACCCAGAGUUUUGUAGAAUAUUUUGGAGUGCCAACUUCUGUUCAAUAGAGCUGCCCAGCUGGAAUGCAUAGAUCUGAGUCUAGUUACUGCAGAGAGGAGACUACUCUGUGCCAGGGGGUGAACAGUACAUGGGUCCCUCCUGCGGAUACUGUGCCUGAAGUCAGCUUGAUCCCAAGCAGCCCUCCAGCUCCAGACAGUCCUGCACCCAGCCCCAAGCCUGGAUAUGGCUUCAGCACCUGCGAGGAGAAGCAUGGGGACCCGCGGAUCAGGCGCCCUAUGAACGCAUUCAUGGUCUGGGCCAAGGAUGAGAGGAAGAGACUGGCACAGCAGAACCCUGACCUGCACAAUGCUGUACUGAGCAAGAUGCUGGGCCAGUCCUGGAAGAACCUGACCAGUGUAGAGAAGCGUCCAUUUGUGGAGGAGGCGGAGAGGCUAAGGGUCCAGCACCUUCAAGAUCACCCCAACUACAAGUACCGCCCGCGAAGGAAGAAGCAGGCCAAGAAGCUCAAGCGCAUGGACCCUUCCCCUCUCCUGAGAAAUGAAGGGUUCACAAGAGGUCAACCCAUGGUCAACCUUUCACACUUCCGGAACCUGCACCCCCUGGGCGGCUCCGGUGAACUAGAGAGCUAUGGGUUGCCUACCCCUGAGAUGUCUCCUCUAGAUGUGUUGGAACCCAGUGAGCCGGCUUUUUUCCCUCCUCACAUGCGGGAGGACACUGACCCUGUACCCUUCAGAACUUACCAGCAUGGGAUGGAUUUUAGCCAGGAGAAGACCAUGAGGGAGAUCUCUUUGCCCUAUUCCAGUUCACCAUCACACAUGGGAAGCUUCCUCAGGACUCCCACACCAUCAGCUUUUUACUAUAAAGCUCAUGGAGGUUCACCAGUCUGCACUCCUCUUGGCCAGCUCUCCCCUCCACCUGAGGCCCCAGCCCUGGAUGCCAUGGAUCACCUAAAUCAGGCUGAGCUGUGGGGCGACUUUGACCGAAACGAGUUUGACCAGUAUCUGAAUAUGAGCAGAACUCAGAGGCCAGGAUACUCCUUCCCCAUGUCCAAGCUGGGGGCCCCCAGGACUAUACCCUGUGAGGAGAACAGCCUUAUUUCUGCUCUCUCUGAUGCCAGCACUGCUAUGUACUAUACCCCCUGUAUUACUGGCUAGAGUGGGACACUUCAGGGACUAGGGGUCAGUGCCUUGUGCAAUAGUGGGGCAGCUGCAAACCUGGGCACAGCAAUGUAUCCAAUUUUCACUUUGUAAUGGGAAAGGGGGGGCACAUUUGAAAUCCCAUCCGAAAAGUUCCAGUCCCACAUAGUCACACACAUUAAAGGGACUAUCUACUCAUUAUAGGACUUUUCAUCAAUCCAUUAGCAUUCAUCUACAUGAAGCUGUAUAACUAUAACAAUCACCCCAAUGUUCAAUAAAUCUUUGGUCCCAACAAGGUUUAUUGUUCUUUUCCCACAUCCUCAUUUUUCCUGCUAAAAACAUCUCACUCAUGCUGUCUGUCAGCUGCAUAUCCUAAAUCAAUGACUAGCCCUUGUACACUCAACCCAACAGCCCCGAAUGCACAGCAGGACUCAGUUGUUUGCAGCAGGAAAGAUCAGGCUGAGGCCUGAGGGAGGUCACUAAUAAAUCCUUAAAUAGUUUUUUAUGUGCCCAGAACAUUCCUUUUACUUACAUAUAAGUAGCAGUGGGGUGACACACACCUCGGCAUUCAGCUUCCUGCAAAACAUAAACGCCAGGGUUCAAUGUCCUAAAUGAUAACACUAGUAUGACAGCUCCUACUGUAAUGUUUAAAUCUACAUUAUGCUCAGUGCACAAGGGGUUUCAUCUUAACCUCUUACCUGCAAAUAUCUUUGAUUGCGCUACUCCAUGUUUUGCCACAUACAGUGCAGCAUUGGUCAAAUAGUAUACCUAAAAUAUUCACUCAAUGAUGCCAGCAGUCAGGUACAGCAGGUAAGUAAUUAUGGGAUCCACCUUCACCCGUCCACAUGACCAACAUAAUCCUGAAUCCCCAUUCACUCCGGGCAGAGACCUGAGGAAGAAGAGCAGAGAGGCAGUCCCCCACUCUGUAGUGUAAUGACCUGGAGUCACAUGUUAAUUGUGUUUUAUAUUUUUUUGUAUUUUUACAUAAAGAAAAUUUGACUUUCUUG